UCAAAACCUGGCAACAAAAAUAAUACACGGUAUUUAUCUGAAUGUUCUCCGUGUGAAGAAUCCUCGUCAUCAUAAAUUUAGAAAUGACUGGGUUUUCGGAGAAAGCAAUCAUAAUUGAUGGUCGAGGUCACCUACUAGGGCGACUCGCUGCUUUAACAGCUAAAACAUUGCUUAAUGGACAAAAAGUUGUAGUUGUCAGGUGUGAUGGAAUAAAUAUAUCUGGAAGCUUUUUCAGAAGCAAAUUGAAAUAUCUUUCUUUCUUGCGAAAACGUUGUAAUGUGAAUCCGGCAAGAGGACCGUUUCAUUUUCGAGCACCAAGUAAAAUUUUCUGGCGAACUGUAAGAGGUAUGCUUCCUCACAAAACAAAGAGAGGUGAUGCUGCUUUAGAACGUUUGAAGGUGUAUGAAGGAAUUCCUCCCCCAUAUGAUAAAAAGAAGCGUAUGGUAGUACCAUCUGCUCUUAGGGUCCUGAAGUUACAUCCUCGAAGAAAAUACUGUAGUCUAAGUCGACUGUCUCAUGAAGUUGGUUGGAAAUACCAGAAUGUUAUCUCAACAUUAGAAGUUAAAAGGAAAGCUAAAGCUGCUGCCUAUUAUGGCAAAAAGAAACGUGAUGAGAAAUUGAAGCAGUUGGCAGUGCAAAAAGUUGCCAAACGAAUUGAACCUUAUGAGAAAAUUCUACGGUCAUAUGGAUAUUCUCUGUAAAUUCUGCAAUCAUAAUAAAAAAAUUUUAUGACUGACAGA